AUGUCAAAAACCUUCAUACUCUACCGAACACGUAUGGCCGCACAGGCCACGGCCGAGAACCCGGCGCUGUCCAACCCGCAAAUAUCAAAGAUCCUGGGAGACCGCUGGGCCAAGGAGACGGACGAGGUCAAGGCCCAGUGGAAGAGAUUGGCCGAGGAGGAGUCUAAGCGGCAUCGACAGCAGUACCCGGACUACCGCUUCCAGCCCAAACGCCGCGGGAGCAAGGCCUCACAAGCUAGCAGGCUGAACGACGACGACUCGGAGCGAUGCCCCAGGCAGAGAUCCGACUCCAUCCCCGACUCCUCGGCACUGCUCCCGCCGCACCAGCAGCAGCCGGGACGUGGGAUCGUGAGGACCGCCAGCGAGCUCGACGACCUGGAUAUGGCAUCGCCGGAACUCAAGAGACGUCGCCUGACCACCGUCGCGGAGGGGCACCCGGGCAUACACCCCAUCCAGACCUGGGCGUCCGCCCACGACCCGCGACACCACCAGCACCAGCACCACAACCACCCGCAGGGGUACUCCCCCGCCGCCAGGACACCGACGUCGGCCGGCUUCGACGCCCAGUCGCGGGGCGGGUACCCCCCCAUGGGCACCGCCCUCCCCGGCCCGGGCGUCGUGGCCAGGCAGCCAUCCGUCCCGCGCCCGCCGCACCGGGCGCCACCACCGCCACGACCUGCCGGCGUCUCCGGACCCUGGACGGCAGCGUCGGCGGGCUAUGCGCCGUACCGUCGCAGCCCGCCGGCCGAGUCUGUGCGUCUGCCGCCGCUCAAGACGGCCAUCACGCCGACGGCCGCGUCGUCAACGACGGGCGCGCCGUCAGCGACGACAUCCCACGAUCCGGACUCGGCACUGGGGUAUCCGCCCAUCACGGCCGGCCUGGGCAUCACCGGCGGGAGGGGCUCGCCUGAGAGGAGCGCCGCGGAGCAGAUCAUGGCUCUCCCCUUCGCGCGCAAGAUGGCCGUCGUGAGCAAGAUCUGCCCGCCGCUGCCGCGUACCGGAGGACCCGGGGCGUCGGGGAAGCGCGGGGCCGUCAUCGCCGUCGAGGGCUCGCGGAGCGAUAUCCUGCACCAGGUGUCGCAGGCAGUGGAGAAGACGCUGGCGGGGUGUCAGCGCGCCAAUCUCCGCGCGUGGGCCAACGAGUCGCCCUUUGACGGUGGCGCGAUCUCGUCCGCUGCGGGCGAGCUGCAGGACCGCAUGCCUUCCAUCUUUGAGGAUAUCCUGUCUUGGCACAAAAAGUCCAAGGAGGUGGCGCGGCACGUGCUCGAGCCCGCAGCCGCCGGGGGCAGAGCCUCGCCCGGAGACGGUGACGAGGUGUCCCCGACGACGACGACGACGGCGGCGCGGCUCCCCGCUCCGAGCGUCGCCACGCCGGUGGCCCUGCUCAAGGACGGCUUCAGCCUCUCCAUGUCGGAUCGGUUCGCGUGCGCGACGAGCCGCUCGCUCAGCAACUACGGCCCCGUGGACCACUGGCAGUGGAUGGCGACGCUGUGGAGGGGCAUCGUCGGGCCGGACCUGAUCGUGCACGCCGUCGCCUACCCCGACGACGACAUGGAGAAGCUCAAGACUGUCGAGUUCCAGAAGCACCUGGGCGUCAUGGCGGUGCGCGUCGCCGCCACCGCCACCACGCUCGACGAGGCGACCGAGAGGAGACUCAACUUUGAGAUUCUCGAGUGGGUGAACGAGGUUUGGCCCAAGGAGACGGGGCGUUGA